AAAAUUAUCAAAAAUUUCUUAUAAAGGGACUACGCUUAACUGAAGAACCCAGAAAAGUUUUCAGAAUAAGUUAAUAUCUCUACAAGGAAGCACAAAUGUCUGAAGAAACUCCAGUUAUUCCUCUUCUCACUCCUUACAAAAUGGGUCCUUUCAACCUUUGUCAUAGAGUGGUUUUGGCUCCGUUGACUAGACAGAAGUCUUUCAACAAUGUUCCUCAAUCUCAUGCCAUCUUAUAUUACUGUCAAAGAACCAGUAAAGGGGGUUUUCUUAUAAGUGAAGCAACUUGUAUUUCUGAUACCGCUCGAGGUUAUCCAAAUACGCCUGGUAUUUGGACAAAACAGCAAAUUGAAGCAUGGAAACCAAUUGUAGAUGCUGUUCAUGCCAAGGGUGGGAUCUUCUUUUGUCAACUUUGGCACGUGGGAAGGGUUUCAAACAAAGAUUUUCAGCCAAACGGUCAAGCUCCAAUCUCCAGUACUGACAAGUUAUUGAUGCCUCAAGUUCGAGCUAAUGGCAUUGAUGUUGCACAUUUCACACCUCCAAGGAGAUUAAGGGCAGAUGAAAUUCCUCAAAUUGUGAACGAUUUCAGGCUUGCUGCAAAGAAUGCUAUUGAGGCUGGAUUUGAUGGAGUUGAGAUUCAUGGGGCACAUGGUUACCUAAUUGAACAGUUUAUGAAGGAUCAAGUAAAUGAUCGGACAGACGAAUAUGGUGGAUCUCUAGAGAACCGUUGCCGAUUUGCUCUAGAGAUUGUUGAAGCUGUUGCUAAUGAGAUAGGAGCUGAGAAAGUCGGGAUAAGGCUGUCACCUUUUGCUGACUAUGCAGAAUCAGCUGACUCGAAUCCAGAAGCUUUAGGCCUCUACAUGGUGGAGUCCUUGAACAAGUAUGGUAUUCUCUACUGCCAUGUGGUUGAACCCAGAAUGAUGACAGCUGGAGAAAAACUUGGAAGUCCUCACAGUUUACUGCCCAUGAGAAAGGCGUUCAAUGGCGCUUUUCUUGUUGCUGGGGGAUAUGAUCGGGAUGAUGGAAUCAAUGCUAUUGUUGAGGGUCAUGCAGAUCUUGUAGCUUAUGGUCGAUUGUUCUUGUCUAAUCCUGAUUUGCCAAAGAGAUUUGAGCUCAAUGCCCCUCUCAAUGCAUACAACAGAGCCAAAUUCUACACUGAUGAUCCUGUUAUUGGUUACACUGAUUAUCCAUUUCUUGAAACCACUUCUUAGGCAAAUCAGGCUUCCCAUGUUUUAUGCUUGUGUCAACAUCAUUAUCAGUUGGUAGAUGUAUAAGAUGACCAGAAUAAGUAGGCUUGAGGAUUUUUUUUCAUGACAGUUGAAAGUUGAAACUUGAGACCUUGAUGAUUAAGGCCUUCUAGUGAGAAUAAUUUGGAGCUCGCUCAACUAGUUUGAGCUAUUACCAUUUUCCCAGAAUGUUUUCUUCAUUGUAUUUCAUCUUGUACGUACUUCUUUGGUAAUGGUAACAUGUCCGUAUGUUUAUUAUA